AAAUCUAGUUACCACUUCAUUUGCUAUCAGAAAAGGCAUAAUCAUGCAUCAAAUCGUGUGUGCUCUACUCCUUACAUCUUCACUUACGGGAAACUUCGCAGCACCAGCUGUUUCUACAGACAACCAAAAACCACAGGAUGGUGUUGGAGCUGUUGAUGGUGUUGUACCUGUUCAUGGUGUUGGACCUGUUCAUCCAAUUGGUAUAGCAGUUAGCGUACCACAGUUUUGGCCCCCUGUUCCUCCAGUGCAUUUACCCUCAGACUAUGGUUGGUUCCCAACAGUUGAAAUAGUACCACAACCUAUACCUUUGAAUGACGGAAGAAUAUAUCCUUAUUAUUGGCCGUUUUAAUCCAAUGGGCACAUUUUGUAAACUUGGAGAAAUACCUAUUAGAAAUCUUUAUUAAUGGAAAAUUGAAAAACCACAAAUAUAUAUUGGAUAUAAUAAAAGUUUAUAUUGCAGCAAU